AUGUACGAAAUUUCAUUCGUUGACGAUGACUCCGAGGAUUUCAGGAUCCAGGACUUGCUGGGCGAGGGUUCUUUCGCUCAGGUUUACAAAUGUGUGGAAACCAAGUCACAAACCGUGUUCGCUCUGAAAGAAUUUGACCAGAAACACAAGGAAUUUGAUGAGAAAACUGUAGAACAAGAGGUACUUGUUUGGACUGAUGUUGUGCACGAGAACAUCGUUCGCUUGUACGCCUCCUUUGCCACAGGAUCUUACAUGUACUUUGUCCUGGAAUACGUGGACGGGGGAAGCCUUUUUAAUCACAUGAUGCAAAGGCACAAAUAUAGCGAAAAAGAAGCUGCAAACAUUUUGAAACAGGUAAAGUUCAGCAUUUUAUCUAUAGACUGCUGCGGUUAGCCCACUGAUGUAAGCUUUCAUCGUGUAAAAUGCAACUCAGCUGCCCUGGUCUUCUGUUUCUAAUUUUGACAUUUUCAGUUGCGUUAGCGGUUCCAUUUCAGCAUUUAACAAGUAAUGCACUACCCAUUUCACGUCCUGUCAUAAGCAGAAAGGAGUUUAUUUUAAUUUGCUGAGCACGUCGCCUUCGAAGCAUGUUGCACCGUCAACAAAGACGAUGUUUGAAGAGCAAGUUUAUCAGACCUCUUGAAACAACUAUGGCAAAAAUGUUUCAAGAUUGUGGUGAAAUAGACCGGACUACCUUGUUCACUCUAGUACUCUUCAAUAUGUGACAAGGUUCGGUAAAUUCUGUUAGAAAACACGACGCACAUUUCGCUCUUGCGUUUACGAUCUUGUAUUUAAUUCCAGACUCAUUCGCAAAGCUAACCUUGCAUUUACUUUUGGUGAGCAAUUUUACAACCGUUUUACCUCAUUGAUUAAUUUAUCUGACAGAAUCAAGUCAUAAUCAGUUCCGGUUAUCUUGAAGAUAAAAUCAACAUUCUCUAAAAUAAUACAGCUAAUCAAACAGCGGAUUCUGAUAAAAAAUAUCGGCGAUACCUGCAAAAUUUCCGCUUUUUUGUCUCGGAUGUAUUUUACCUUAAACGGGGCAAACGUGCUUACUUUUAUCACAAGUCAUUAUAUAUUCAAUUUAGGGUAUAAUUAUCGGAUUAAUUUUUAUGUUGAAGCGUUUCAAGAUCAAAAACAAGAUUUAAACUAGAGCUCCGUUUUUUUGUCGCAUGGAUUGUCGAAAGUUUAACGAAGUCCUGAUGUUUUCGUUAUGUUUAUACAGUUCAUUCAUGUUUUUAAUGGAUUUCUUGGCGAAGAAAAAUCAGCAUAGUCUCACUUUGUUGUAUAGUUGUCAAAAUUUUUAGCCGUGGAAUAGGUACGAUUAUGUUUGUUCCCUACUGCUUAUCUAGGCACAGACUAAAACCUUUGUCCAAGAGCGCAAUGUCACAAACGUGCAUGACAACAAUAGGCCAGCGCGUUAUUUCAGCGCAGUUUUCAUUCAGUUGAUAUUUUUGGCAUCUUCAAUGUAAUUCCAACUCUGACCUCUAACCCUUUCCAACCAAUUCAAUUAAUUUCUUGCUGCUUACCGUGGGUUGUAUAUACAACCAAUCUAUUAGUGUUGUAUCACUUCAAACUGUUUUGUUUGUCUCCGAUGGCGCCCACACUAUGGUAAAUCGUGUUAGUUUAUGUAAACUGAAGAUGCAUCAGAGGAGCACUGAGCACUGACUGGUGACAUGAAUGCUUCAAACGUUUGGUUCAAAACUAACCGUUCUCGAUAACCUUCGUGAAACUUGCUAACUUACGACUACUGUACAGCCUACGACCAGAACUUGGCGUUCUAGGACGCGGGUUUCUUUCCCCGCGGGAAGAUUCGAGGCGAGUUGUGGAGAAGUUUUACCGGGGAUCUGGCACUAACAAUCAGUGCUAGACCUCUAAAGGCGGGCGAAGAACGCUCGUGCUACGCUAAUAACGAGGACCUGUUCCCAAGGUCAUCAUCGUGCGUCGGAAAAACCAGCGCGUUUUUCCGAGUAGACAGUGAAAUGCGUUAGUUGCCGGCUUAUAGUUAUCGUAGUCGUCUAAAACCUGAUAUUUAGGUAUUUAUUUGCACUAGUCCUAAUUUUUGUUACGAGAACACUGCAACAAAUAGUUAACUAUUAGCAUCUUUUGUUAGGCUCUGAGUUCCACUCCUUUUUUGUUAAGUCAACUUUUAAAAUUUAACCCUUCAUUGGUAUCGCUUCGCAGGUACUUGAAGCCCUUCAUUACCUUCACAAGAAACGAAUCGUCCAUCGAGAUGUCAAACCGGAUAACCUACUGAUCAAACAGGUUCCAGAUACCGCUGGCAAAUCUAAACAGCACCUUACAAUCAAAUUAUGUGACUUCGGAUUUGCUUUCAAACUCCCACCUGGUGUUGAGGUCACGUGCUGUCCUCCGCGGGGCGCGCCGAUGUUUUUGGCGCCAGAAACAAUUCUCGACAAUCCAAUUGGUCGACCUGUGGAUAUGUGGUCCACGGGUGUACUUCUUCACCUCUUAGUGGCGGGCUAUCCACCAUUCUGGCACGACAACAGCGAGAAAAUGUUACUGGCGGCAGUGCGAGGCCAGUUUAGUUUAACUACUCCCACUUGGAACAAAAUUUCUAAGUCCUGCAAAGACCUGGUCAAAUGUAUGCUUGCAGUGCAGACAUCCCAGCGUAUCGCGGCUGUCGAGGCUUUAAGACAUCCUUGGUUUUUUAAGUUGUCGGAGUUGGACUCACCGCGCCCGCGAAGGAAACACAGUAGUGAGCUGUCAAAAAGUUGUCGGCUGACAGAGAAGCUCAAGUGUACGAUCAGCGAGAUGCAUUCAAGCAUGAAGCUGCACCGCUUGGGUCUCGAUCCUUUGAAAGGAAAAUUUUCCCCGCUAUAUCACUCAGCCAUGAAUCUGUCCGAGGUUAGCAGAUGA